AUGGGCCUGCUUCCGUGGGAACCGUUUGAGGAUCCUGCUGUGUCCUGGGAGAAGCUCAACGGCGGCCCGCUGCGGGUUGCCGUGGUGGAAGAGGAGCGCCCGGAGGGCGUUUCGGAGGCGGACUGGCGCAUCCAGCAAAGGUGUAAGAAAGAGCUCAAGAGGAAGGUUCCCGCUUGGAAGACCAUCACCAAUGAGACGGUCACUGAGGGUCACACCAAGACCCGCAAGGGCAUGCUCUACGGCAUCACCUUCCCCUGGACUGAAGACAUGCUCCACAGCGAGGAUUGGGGGGCGGAGUGGCUGACCAAGGCGAUGCAUGCUGCGGGCACUCUGCCACAGGAGAACCGGGUGACAAAGGUCAUUCCCGACAAGAAGUUCAGGAUCACCACCGGGAACAAUGGCGGCAAGUUCCUUUUCGAGGUGGAGUAUGAGCUUCCCGACGAAUGCCUGCACACCAAGCUCUUUGCAAAGAUCCCGCACGGCAUGGAGAAGGAGACGAUGUCGGAUCGCCUCAGCAGCUCUGUCAACAAGCAGCCCAUGGAGCUCUACGAGCUCAACACUUCGCGGCUUCUUGAGGCCGAGAAGGGAUUUCGGAAGUUUGCCUCUGCCAGCCCUCGAGGCCUUGGUGGGCAUGCGCUGAUCAGGUACCUGCUAUCUGCAUAUGUCUGCAUGCAGACCUAUUUGAGGCCUUUGGACUUUGCGGGGAAGACCCGCGAUGAUCCCAAGAAGAGGUUGGGCCCCUACGAAAUCGAGGGGCCCUACGACAAGUGCAUGGACUGGUGCUUGCGGGCUGAUCCCGCUGAGUACUACCUGGCGCUGGUGCGGCAGGGAGGCCUGAUGGCGGGCCGCUACAAGGCCGGGAGCUUCGGGGACCCGAAGUUGGUCUCGAAGCAUUUCGAGGACAUGACGAACGUUCCCCAGGAGGCCUUUGGCAUGCAGUCUGGCUGCUCCGGACAGCCUACGAACAUGCUGAAGUCCAAGAUCGACAUGGGCUUCGAGUUCUUCGGCAACGUGGCCUCAGUGCUCUACCCCAGCUUCUGCACGGAUCCAGCGUGGCAGGAGAGCUUCCGGGCCACGCUGAUGAAGCUGAAUGCUUAUGCUGCGGAGAGCCAGUAUUUCUUCCACCACAACGAGGACUACAUCUCCUUGGCCCACGGCAACAUGAACGUGGAUAAUGCCUACUUCUGGAGGAAUGAAGCGGGCGAACUGGAGCUGGGGGUCUUUGACUGGGGCGGCAUGGGCGCACGGAGUUUAGGCUUCAAGCUCUGGUGGUGGCUGUACUGUGGCGACUUCGAAGUGCUGAACGCCAACAUGGACAAAUACCUGGACUGCCUCAUCAGCAGCUACGCCGAAGGAGGAGGGCCCACUUUAGACAAGGAGGUGCUCCGAAUGAUGUUCGUGCUCGCGUCACACACGCAGAUGUUCGGGCUCUUGGCAGCGAUCGGCCAAAUCUACCGGAUGUGCCCAAAGAAGGAGUUCGCCAACAUCAAAGAUCGUUACGACGCUCGGGUCGGGGAGAACAUCAAUGGCAAGAGCACGCUGCGGCUCUACAUUCAGGUAAUGAGAACUGUCGUCCUCAUCCACAAGGAGUGGCAGGCAGACAAGAUCAUGGAUGAUUUCGAGACAAAGAUCGUGGAGCUCACCGGAACCAGCAAGAAGGAUCCCUCUACCAUGCAAGUGUGA